AUGCUUGCAAUGUUACUCAACAAUCUUACCAGUUGUGUGCAGGAGGGACUUGUUUCCCUUUACAACUUAUAUUUUGGACGGGACGUCGCCGUGACCUUGUUUCGGAUUGAUGAGGCAUUGGUGUGCGAGGGACCAGUCGUCACCCCUGCAGUCACCGCCGGUUGGUGGACAGGAGGAAUUCCUCUUGUUGCCGUUGUCGCUGGCGGAGCAGCAGCUUGUCUGACCUCUCUCGCACUCGCCACUUGGCAGAUCCGACGUCACGAGGCAACCCGGAAACAACUGCUGAAAGAAAUCGAAGAUCUACGAAAGGAAAACACCUGUGUUGUUGCUGAAUUCAGAAAGCGCGAGGAGGAGCUCGUCAGCAAGACCGAAGAACUGGAUAUAGAACUGCAGCACAGGGAUCAGCUAGUCCAAGACUUGUUGGCUGAUGAAGAGCGAUUGAAGGAAGACGUUUACAUUCUGGAAGAAAAGUUGCUGGACAUGGAAAGGCUCCUCAAAGAAAGUAGGCUUAGCACCGAAGAUUUAAAGACUACUUAUGAGGAUAUGAUUGCAGAUAAGGAACAUCAAAUUGAAGACUUGUUGGCAAAGGAAGAAAAGAACAAGGAAGAUUGUGCUAAUCUGGGAAGAAAAUUACUGGUCACCCUUACGAACAAUGAAGAAAUGGACAGACGAAUGAAGGAGGAGGCAGAACUUGCAGUUUAUCGUCAAACUCUAAUUGAGGCAAGAGAUGAACAAAUCCAGGUUUUGCUCAUUAAGAAAGACAAAGUUCAAGAGGCCUGUGAUCGUCUGGAGAGAAAUCUGCUUGAGGCUCUCAGCAGAAACGUGGACAUGGAAACGCUCUUGGAGGAAAAAGAGCGUGAAAAGAAUGAAUUGAAACAUCUUUUUGACAACCUGAUUGAAAAGAAGAAUCAUCAGAUCAAAGAUUUGUUAGCAGAAGAAGGUAAGCUUAAAGAAGAAAAGGGACAUUUGGCAGGAAGUCUGGAAGAUGCCCUUAGAAACGUGGAGGAGAUGGAGAGGGUCCUCAAGAUGGAGAAAGAGCAAAAAUUGGAGCUCACAAUUAUCUAUGAAAAAAGGAUUGAGGACCUUUACGUUCACAUCAAAGAAUUGUUGGCAGAAGAGGGUAAGCUUAAAGAAGAAAAAGGGCAUUUGGCAGAAAGACUGGAAGAUGCCCUUAGGAACGUGAAGGAGAUGGAAAAGGUCCUCAAGAUGGAGAAACAGCAAAACCUGGAGCUGGCAAAUAUCUAUGAAAAAAGGAUUGAAGACCUUUACACCCACAUUAAAGGUUUGUUGGCAGAAGAGGGAAGGCUUAAGGCAGAAAGAGGGUAUUUGGCUGAAAAACUAGGAGAUACCCUAAAUACAGUGGAGGAACUGGAAAAGCUCCUGAACAAAGAAAAAGAUGAAAAGGUUGAGCUAACAAAAAAUUAUGAGGAAAUGGUUGACGAGUUGUAUGUUUCCGUCAAAGAUUUGUUGGCGAAAGAAGCUCAACAAAAGGAAGAAAAGGAGCUAUUGGAACAAAAAAUCAAGGAAUUGCUGGCCAAAGAAAAAAAACUGGAAAAGAGUAAAGAGUCCAUGGAAAAUAAAUUAGAAAAGGCCCUCUGUUCCAGUCACCAAAUGGAGAAGUUGUGGAAAGAGGAACAAGAGAUGAAACUAACAAUGGAAAUUAGGUGGCAACAGGCAAUGCAGGAAAAGGAGGAAGAACUAAAUAUGUUGAGGCAAAAAUGUGAGGAAUCUGAUGUGAAAGAGAGGUUGAGAGAGAGGACUGAGAAGCAGAACCUAGAGAAGCUGCAAGAGCUCACAGGAAAUUGUGAAGAGUUACAAAAGAAAAGUCAGGAAGAAAAAGAGUAUUUGGCAGAAAAACUAGGAGAUACUCUAAAUACAGUGGAGGAACUGGAAAAGCUCCUGAACAAAGAAAAAGAUGAAAAGGUUGAGCUAACAAAAAAUUAUGAGGAAAUGGUUGACGAGUUGUAUGUUUCCGUCAAAGACUUGUUGGCGAAAGAAGCUCAACAAAAGGAAGAAAAGGAGCUAUUGGAACAAAAAAUCAAGGAAUUGCUGGCCAAAGAAAAAAAACUGGAAAAGAGUAAAGAGUCCAUGGAAGAUAAAUUAGAAAAGGCCCUCUGUUCCAGUCACCAAAUGGAGAAGUUGUGGAAAGAGGAACAAGAGAUGAAACUAACAAUGGAAAUGAAGUGGCAACAGGCAAUACAGGAAAAGGAGAAAGAAUUAAAUAUGUGGAGGCAAAAAUGUGAGGAAUCAGAUGUGAAAGAAAAAUUGAGAGCAAGGACUGAGAAACAGAACCUAGAGAAGCUGCAAGAGCUCACAGAAAAUUGUGAAGAAUUACAAAAGAAAUGUCAGGCAGCGGAGGCCGCUAAGGCAAAGGAAGAGAUACACAACAGAGAAUGGCGAAGAAAGCAGGCAGAAGCUCUAAGGAAGCAAGAUAAAUUCUUGUUGAUGAGGCUUUUCAAUGGAAUUACUCACAGAAAUAACCUGUUAGAAAAUACAGGAAAGGAAGAGGGUGGAAGAAAUGAACAAGAAAAUGUAAGUCACCAGGAGUACUGCUGUGACCAAGAGGAGAACACAGGAUACUUAAAAAAUCAGUGGUCAGCCGUAAAUGAUAUUGUGAAGGACAUUUUAAAAGGACAAAGCAGUGCUGAAAAGGGCUCAAGCAGCGCGGCUGGGACAUCAGCCAUUGAGGAUGGUAGCUGUUGGUCACCAAUAGAUGCAGCAGAUUAAUCUCCUAUGGUCGAACAAUAGGCCAGGAUCCUGCUUUUGAUGCAGUACUCAGAUGGAGAGGUGCUCUGAAUCCAGUGGUGGCCUGGACUUUGUGGUGCAGGUGACAAUAGUGACACACAGGCAUCUGACAGUGCUGGGUGUUCCAUGACUG